CAGGCUGAAAUGAAUGAGGUCCGCCAGCAGGGGCGCUGUUGUCACUGUCCAUACCCAUAAGCGGGGGAGUGAGAGGUGCAUGAAAUGGAGAAAAAUGGCGGAUCAUGUGCAGGGCCUCGCCCAGCUGGAGAUCCUGUGUAAGCAGCUGUAUGAGACCACCGACACCACCGUCCGACACCAGGCGGAGAAGGCUCUCGUGGAGUUCACCAACAGCCCCGACUGUCUCAGCAAAUGUCAGCUGCUGCUGGAGAGAGGCAGCUCAUCAUAUUCCCAGCUGCUUGCGGCCACCUGUUUGUCGAAACUGGUGUCUCGGACCAGCAACCCUCUGCCCCUCGAGCAACGCAUUGACAUCCGGAACUACGUGCUGAAUUAUUUGGCCACGCGGCCAAAGUUAGCAGCGUUUGUGACCCAGGCGUUGAUCCAGCUGUACGCCAGGAUCACCAAACUGGGCUGGUUCGACUGCCAGAAGGAUGACUACGUCUUCAGGAACGUCAUCGCCGAUGUGACGCGCUUUCUACAGGACAGCGUUGAGCACUGCAUCAUCGGAGUCACCAUCCUGUCCCAGCUGACCAAUGAGAUCAAUCAGGCUGACACGACGCAUCCCCUGACCAAACACAGGAAGAUCGCGUCGUCAUUCAGAGAUUCCUCGCUCUUCGACAUCUUCACUCUGUCCUGCAACCUCCUCAAACAGGCUUCGGGGAAGAACCUGAACCUGAACGAUGAGUCUCAGCACGGCCUGCUGAUGCAGCUGCUCAAACUCAGUUACAACUGUCUCAACUACGACUUCAUAGGAACCUCCACAGACGAGUCGUCGGACGACCUGUGCACCGUGCAGAUCCCCACGUCGUGGAGAUCAGCGUUUCUUGAUUCCUCCACCCUGCAGCUCUUUUUCAAUUUAUAUCAUUCCAUCCCUCCAUCCCUUUCCCCGCUGGUGUUGUCAUGUCUGGUCCAGAUCGCCUCCGUCAGGAGGUCUCUCUUCAACAACGCAGAGCGAGCAAAGUUUCUUUCACAUUUGGUGGACGGAGUGAAGAGGAUCCUCGCCAACCCACAGUGUUUGCCCGAUCCAAAUAACUACCACGAGUUCUGUCGCCUGCUAGCGAGGCUGAAGAGUAACUACCAGCUGGGCGAGCUGGUCAAAGUAGAAAACUACCCGGAGGUUAUUCGCCUCAUAGCAAACUUCACCGUCACCAGUCUGCAGCACUGGGAGUUCGCCCCCAACAGCGUUCACUACCUGCUGAGUCUGUGGCAGCGUCUGGCAGCGUCGGUGCCCUACGUUAAAGCCACCGAGCCUCACCUGCUGGAGACGUACACUCCAGAGGUCACCAAGGCCUACAUCACCUCGCGGCUCGAGUCGGUCCACGUCAUCCUCAGAGAUGGUUUAGAGGACCCUCUGGACGACGCCGGCCUCGUUCAGCAGCAGUUGGACCAGCUGUCCACCAUCGGGAGGUGCGAGUACGAGAAGACUUGUGCUCUGCUGGUCCAGCUGUUCGACCAGGCAGCUCAGACGUACCAGGAGCUGCUGCAGUCCACCAACUCGAGCGCUGCGGACAUCACUGUGCAGGAGGGUCGGCUCACGUGGUUGGUUUAUAUCAUCGGGGCUGUGAUUGGUGGACGGGUGUCGUUUGCGAGCACAGAUGAGCAGGACGCCAUGGACGGAGAGUUGGUCUGUCGGGUGCUGCAGCUGAUGAACCUGACGGACUCUCGGCUCGCUCAGGCCGGAAACGAGAGGCUGGAGUUGGCCAUGCUCAGCUUCUUCGAGCAGUUCAGGAAGAUCUACAUCGGUGACCAGGUGCAGAAAUCGUCGAAGCUUUAUCGACGGCUAUCAGAGGUUCUGGGGCUGAAUGACGAGACGAUGGUACUCAGUGUCUUUAUAGGGAAAAUCAUCACAAACUUGAAGUACUGGGGCCAGUGUGAACCAAUCACCUCCAAGACACUCCAACUACUGAACGACCUGUCGUUAGGGUACAGCAGUGUGAGGAAGCUGGUGAAGCUCAGCGCUGUCCAGUUCAUGCUGAAUAACCACACGAGCGAGCACUUCUCCUUCCUGGGAGUGAACAACCAGUCGAAUCUGAGCGACAUGAGGUGUCGCACCACCUUCUACACGGCUCUGGGACGCCUGCUGAUGGUCGACCUCGGUGAGGACGAGGACCAGUUCGAACAGUUCAUGCUGCCUCUGACGGCUGCGUUUGAGGCUGUGGCUCAGAUGCUGAGUACAAACACGUUCAACGAGCAGGAAGCCAAGAGGACUUUGGUGGGCUUGGUCCGAGACCUGCGAGGCAUCGCUUUCGCCUUCAACGCCAAGACGAGCUUCAUGAUGCUCUUCGACUGGAUAUAUCCGGCCUACAUGCCCAUCCUGCAGCGAGCCAUAGAGCUGUGGUACCACGACCCAGCGUGCACCACGCCGGUCCUCAAGCUGAUGGCGGAGCUCGUUCACAACAGAUCUCAGAGGUUACAGUUUGAUGUGUCGUCACCAAACGGCAUCCUGCUGUUCAGAGAAACCAGCAAGAUGAUCACGACUUACGGGAAUCGUAUCCUGACGCUGGGCGAAGUCCCGAAGGACCAGGUCUACGGGGUCAAGCUGAAGGGGGUCAGCGUGUGUUUCGCCAUGCUGAAGGCGGUGCUCAGUGGAAACUACGUCAACUUCGGGGUCUUCCGUCUGUACGGCGACGACGCCCUGGACAACGCCUUACAGACCUUCAUCAAACUGCUGCUGUCCAUCCCGCACAGCGACUUACUGGACUACCCGAAGCUCAGCCAGUCGUUCUACUCUCUGCUGGAGGUGCUGACGCAGGACCACAUGAACUUCAUCGCCAGCCUGGAGCCUCACGUCGUCAUGUACAUCCUGUCUUCGAUAUCAGAGGGGCUCACUGCGCUCGAUACGAUGGUGUGCACGGGCUGCUGCUCCAGUCUGGACCACAUCGUGACCUACCUGUUCAAGCAGCUGUCGCGCUCCACGAAGAAGCGCCCCACCCCGAUGGCCACGGACGACCGCUUCCUGCACAUCAUGCAGCAGCACCCGGAGAUGAUCCAGCAGAUGCUGUCCACAGUGCUGAACAUCAUCAUCUUCGAGGACUGCAGGAACCAGUGGUCCAUGUCUCGGCCCCUGUUAGGCCUCAUCCUGCUCAACGAGAAGUACUUUGCUGACCUGAGGAACAGUAUCGUGAACAGCCAGCCCCCAGAGAAGCAGCAGGCCAUGCACUUAUGUUUCGAGAACCUGAUGGAGGGGAUAGAGAGAAACCUGCUAACGAAGAAUCGGGACAGGUUUACUCAGAACCUGUCUGUGUUCAGGAGGGAAGUGAACGACAGCAUGAAGAACUCGACAUACGGCGUCAACAGCAACGACAUGAUGAGCUGACAUUCCACACAGACGAGUCUUACCCAGCUGCAGACAGAGCUCACCCCUCUCUCCCCCCUCCCUGCCUCCCCCCCUCUCUGCAUCAGCCUCCAGCCUCCCUCCCUCCCUGGGCCCGGAUGCCUGGGGAUCACGUCCUCCUCCACCCGACGCGACGUACGGGAUCGUUGAUGAAAGUCAGCGAGCCCCCCCCCUCCCCCGCCCUCUUUUUGAUAUAAACAUAUAUAAAUAUAUACAGAUCUAUUUUAAAGUGACGGUCCGAAUCGUCUGGCCGUCCUAACGUUGUGGGGGGGUCGGAGGGGGGAGGGAGGGGGGUUGUCGCAUGUCUAAGCACUCUGAAUCGCUCACAGAGGAAGGACGGGUGCUGCGGAGGGAACAGGAAGUGAGGUGGCGGCGAGGAAGGGGACGAGCGCCGGUAAACGUAGUAAUCCGCUUCUGCCUGCCUUGUAUAGAAAAACACACGAGAAACCAAGUGUACAUUUCUUUUCGUAACAUUUUGAACAAUGUUUAUAAUGAUCGAAUUUAAAACACAAAGAAGAGAGGAAAACAAAACAAAAAACGGUGUGAUUGAGCUUUUUACAGUGUAGUGAGUUAGUGCAACUGUCUGUCUGCGUGGGGAGGCGAGAGGCAGGACGGGUGAGUGUCGGGAGGAGGGGGGAGUGGACUGAGCUGCAGGGUGGCCACAGGAGCACAGGAGGGGAGGGUGAGCACACUAACACAAAGGGAGUCAGAGCAUCCAUGUUGUACAUUUUUCUCAAGUCUCUGUUUGAAGUGACGUUAAGGAACCUCGACGGGCUUUAGAGGGACAGUUCUGCUGUUUUCCAACCGGGUCGCGAGGACUUCACAGACCCUUUGAAGACGCCCCAAGCCGCCACAGGGCUGCCUGCAGGUCGCACUGCAUUGUGGGUAAUGUAGGCAAGAUGGAUGCAGCAGAAUCAGAGAUGCUGUCCUUUUUUUUUUUAAUUUCUAACAUUCUUCCCUGUUAGAGACAGGUGCCUACGUUACCCACAAUGCAGCUGGACCCGCUGACAGCCCUGAGGGAGUCCGGGUGGGGGUUGUGGUCUCGGCUAGGAGCGGCUCCACACGUCCGCUUAGCUCACGUCUUUCUAACCUCACACCACCAGAAGCUCUUUGGUUUGGGACGGCUGGUCUCGUCUGACCUGCUGGGUUUCACGUUCUGAACCGCUGAGCCUCACGAUUCACGGGUGACACAAGAAAACUAACAGAUGAAGGGUACAAAAACAGGAGGUUGGAAAACACCAGAAUGUCCCUUUACGUAAUCCCAUCUGGUCCGCCUCGGCGGCGUCCUGUGGGUCUCGUGCACACACCUGCUUGUUUCACUGCGAUGACGUGUAAGCAUCAUGGUCACAUUUUCCCCUCUGAUAGGCCGCGAGCAGUUUCCACCAUUUUGUUUACACUCUGGACUCCCGGACCUGCAGCCUUCAGGUCCUGCAGCGGAGUCCUUUUGGUGUGUGUGUGUGUGUGUGUGUGUGUGCGUGUGCGUGUGCGUGUGCGUGUGCGGAGUGGCUCUCUGUUGCCUGGUGUGUAUGUGGCGUCUCACGGUGCUGCUGAGGUCUGUGCCACCUUACAGGAUAAAACGGAUGCGGAGACGUCUGCUCAUCAGAGCUCCUUGAAGGAAUCCAGUUUGGUUUUAAAUGCUGAAGAAGAUUGCAUCGACCUUCGGUGGGAGUCAGAACAGUGUAAAGAGAGGAGGCGGAGUGGAGUCUAUUAGCAACUUGUGUUACUCUCUACGAUGUUGCUGCUAACUGUUUGUGACAACUAGCUCAUUUCUAACCAUGUCAGCACUCACGGGUGUUCAUUGAGUUUCUCAUUUUUGGUUCGUGUCCCUGAUGUGAAUGUGUUGGGUCCAUAGAGUGAAUAGCUGUUUGAGUUGUUUGGAUGUCUGCUCCAUAUAGUGUAAGCUUUGUGACUGCAAAUAAACCUCAUUGAUUUUUA